GGCGCGGAUCUCGAGACCCGCAGGCUGCUCCGGGCCCGCCUGAGCGGCCCCCGCGGAGAUGGCGGCCCCCUAUCCCGGCGGUGGCGGCGGAGGCGAGGCCAGACGCGGGGGCGGCCGAGGCGGCAGCAUCGCGUGGGACUUUCUGCCCGGCCUCGUGGUCAAGGCCCCGCCCGGACCCUGCCUGCAGGCGCAGCGCAAGGAGAAGUCCCGGAACGCGGCGCGCUCGCGGCGCGGAAAGGAGAACCUGGAGUUCUUCGAGCUGGCCAAGCUGCUCCCGCUGCCCGGAGCCAUCUCGAGCCAGCUGGACAAGGCGUCCAUCGUGCGCCUCAGCGUCACCUACCUCCGCCUGCGCCGCUUCGCCGCGCUGGGGGCGCCGCCCUGGGGGCUGCGGGCCGCGGGGCCGCCGGCCGGCCUGGCCCCAGGCCGCAGGGGCCCCGUGGCGCUGGUCUCCGAAGUCUUCGAACGGCACCUGGGAGGACACAUUUUGCAGUCCCUGGACGGCUUCGUGUUUGCCUUGAACCAGGAAGGGAAGUUCCUCUACAUCUCAGAGACGGUCUCCAUUUAUCUGGGCCUCUCACAGGUGGAGCUGACAGGCAGCAGCGUCUUUGACUACAUCCAUCCGGGGGACCACUCCGAGGUGCUGGAGCAACUGGGGCUGCGGGCCCCCACCCCCGGGCCCCCCACCCCACCUUCCGUCCCGUCCUCUUCCUCCUCCUCCUCCUCCUCGCUUGCGGAUACCCCCGAGAUCGAGACCAGCCCCACCGAGGCGCCCGCCUCCUCCUGGGUGCAGGAGCGCUCGUUCUUCAUCCGCAUGAAAUCCACCCUCACCAAGAGGGGGCUGCACGUGAAGGCCUCGGGGUACAAGGUCAUCCACGUGACCGGCCGCCUGCGGGCCCGCGCCCUGGGCCUCGUGGCCCUCGGCCACACGUUGCCCCCGGCCCCGCUGGCUGAGCUGCCCCUCCACGGACACAUGAUCGUCUUCCGGCUCAGCCUGGGGCUCACCAUCCUUGCUUGUGAGAGCAGAGUCAGCGACCACAUGGACCUGGGGCCCUCGGAGCUGGUGGGCCGCAGCUGCUACCAGUUUGUCCACGGACAGGAUGCAGCCAGGAUCCGCCAAAGCCACCUGGACCUGCUGGACAAGGGUCAGGUGAUGACCGGUUACUACCGCUGGCUGCAGCGCGCCGGGGGCUUCGUGUGGCUGCAGUCCGUGGCCACCGUGGCCGUGAGCGGGAAGAGCCCUGGGGAGCGCCACGUGCUCUGGGUCAGCUAUGUGCUCAGCCAAGCCGAGGGCAGCCAGACACCUCUGGACGCCUUCCAGCUUCCAGCCAGUGUGGCCCGUGAGGAAGUGCCCAGCCCGGAGCCAGAGCCCACAGAGCCAGAGCCUCCAGCGGGAGGGAAGCAGGCUGCACCCUCGGCCAAGGAUGAGAAGGCCCCCCAGACCCGGGGCAAAUGCAUCAAAGUGGAGCCCGGGCCCGGGGACACUAAAGACCCGGAGGACAGUGGGGACGAGGAACCGUCCAGCCAGCCAGCCCCGCUGCGGCCUGAGUUCACCUCCGUCAUCCGGGCGGGGGCCCUGAAGCAGGACCUGGCGCGGCCGUGGGGCCUGGCGCCCCCUGGGGCCGCACCCCCUGCCCUGCUGCACGCCGGCUUCCUGCCGCCCGGCGUCCGGGGCCUGUGCACGCCGGGCACCAUCCGCUACGGCCCCGCGGAGCUGGGCUUCGUGUACCCACACCUGCAGAGGCUGGGCCCCGGCCCCGCCUUCCCCGAGGCCUUCUACCCCACGCUGGGCCUGCCCUACGCGGGGCCCCCGGGCACCAGGGUGCCGCGGAAGGGGGACUGAGGACUGGGAGAGCCGCCUGCAGACUGGACUCUGGGGAUGCGUGGGGCCCAAGGG